GGGAAUUUUUUUCUCAGCAGAAUACAUCCUGCUUCUAGCUCCAACUCAAGUGGUCAAAUGAACUGGAUGAAGCUACUCAGUACAGGAAGUGACAUACUUCCCUAUUCGCAUGAAAAUAGAUUGUCCGUUUUCCAAGACUUAAGAGAAAAGGUCCUGAUUAGACAUAUACUGACAGAAACCUUAUCAAAGUAAAGGGUACAAUACCAUAUAUUCUGACAUAAUGAUUUUGCUCUGCUGAUUCAUUUUUUUAUUUAGGUGGCCUUUUUAAACAUCUAAAGAUAAGUUAUGCAGGUGAAAUAAGCAGUGAAGGACACAUGAGGUAAAUAAUACAGGUAAAGGAAGUAACAUUUACUGCUUUUCACCAAGUCAACACACCGCCUGCUGUGAUAUAUGACAUUACUAAAUGAAGGAGAAACUUUCCUGAGGAAAUACCAAGCAUAUAUGCCAGACAACAAGAUGCUAGCACUUCAGGAUGACCCCGAAGAUUUUUAAGAUAAAAUAUUAAAUUUUUUGUAAAAGAUUUUAUCAUCAAGCGGUAUAACAUGUCUGCUUCAGCACAAGCUUUCAAUUCACCAGAUUGCCAACAAAGAGAACACAAUAUGUCUGCUUUGUCUGGUGUUCAGUGGAGAAACAAAUGUCUGGAUGGAGAAGUUGGACUGAUUCCCGAUGUUAUUUCAUACUGGGACACUCCCUCCAAGGUAAUACUUUGUAUUUCAAUGGCAAUUUUUAUUGCCCUGACAAUCACUGGAAACAUCCUGGUUCUAACAGUCAUUAUCAAAAAUAAACAUAUGCAGACUAAGACCAAUGCAUUCAUUGCUAACCUAGCUGUAGCAGACCUACUGGUAGCCAUUGUUGACAUGCCUAUGGCUCUCAUCACUGUCAUUGAGGGGGACUGGGUGUUUGGGGACACUCUGUGUGUUCUCAAUGGAUUCACUGUGGUAUUCUUCCUCACCGUCUCCGUCCACACGCUGAUGUACAUAGCAGUAUUUAAAUAUAUCACCAUCACCCAUCCAAUGAGCAAAGUGUUGACUAAGACUCGGGUGGGGUACAUGAUAGCUGCCCCUUGGAUCUGGGGUCUGAUUGCUUCCUCCAUGGGGGCCUUCUGGCUCUCAGACUUCACAUUCAAACCUGGCGCCACCCAGUGUGGGCCAAACUACCCUACAGAGGCCCCAGAACAUGCAUAUGCAUUCAUCAUCAUUUUCAGCUGUUAUUUUGUACCUAUCAUUGUGAUGGUGGGCUCAUACAUCAGUAUAUUUAUCCAGAUCAGGGCCCAUCUGUCCAGGAUGAAAGCCAACACAACCCAGGACCAUGAUGUGAUUGUAAGUCAGGAGAAACAAAUGACAGUGACUUUACUGAUCAUGAUUAUCGUGUUCUUUGUUUGCUGGACCCCAUUCAUGGUCUACUGUAUCUUUGCCUCGGCUGUGGAAGACAAGACAACCAUUCCACAUGAGUUGCACGCUCUGGGCUACUGGCUGGGCUACAUGAACAGUGUGUGUAAUCCCAUCAUCUACGCUCUGAGGGUGCCAAAGUUCCAAGAUGGCUACCAAAAAUUAUUCUACAUUUGCAAGGUACAGAAAAACCUUCCCAUCAAUAAUGAGAAGAGCAGAUCACAUUCUGGGUCAGAAAUUCACAUGCUCCAAGCUAUCUCUACAACAGAACUUAACUUGAAAAAAUCAAAGUCUGUUUUUGUAUGAGGAUUAAUGCUGGCAAAAACAUUACACACAGCUGAAAUGGAUAAAUUUUAAAUCAGUAUUUGCCCUGAGACACAUCAGAUCAUUGUAUAUCAAAAACAUAAAAUGAUAGCAGAUGGAGAAGUUCCUCCUUUAUGUGUUUGAGUCCCUAAACCUUCUGUUUAGUCCAUCCUAUUUGUUAAAUAUGCCAUAGAGUGGUGCAAUGCCUAAAUAUUGACUUAAGCUAUUUGAAGCAUAUCAUUUUGUCCAAAAAGAAUCUCUAAAAAUAUUCAGUAUACCCAUUAAUGUACAUACACAAUAAAAAUAAAAUUCUAGAUGUUAUAAUUUAUCUCUUUUUUUUCUCUUUUUUUUAAACUUAAUUUUUCAUCACUUAUGCAAGCAGCAAAUACAAAGCAUAUGCAUUCAUAGUGCUACCAAGCUGUGUUAAGACAAUCACAUUAGUCAAACUAGAAAUCUCUUCAAACAUUUUCUGACAAAAAGUAUAUUUAUCUGUGGCAGUACAGUAGCGUAUCAUCCUUGAGGCAAUGACAAUUGUUGUGAGUAAAAUUCUUAUCACUUUCAUUUAGAGAAGUAUUUUAUCAGCCGUAUUAUGCAAAUUGAAGUAGUAAUUUUUUCCACAAUUAACAGCUACUAUUGAAAAUGCUGUAAAUAUUUCAACUUCAAUCUAGAGAAUGGGGAUAUCAAGAUAAAAGAAAAAAAA